GUCCGAAGGCUGCGGCUUCCAAGGUGGAAGCUGGAUCCGGCUGCCAGGAAGCGGCCAGCGCACGAGUGGCGCGAGGCUUGGCUUCCACGUGCGAGCCUGCUCCGCCACUCCGCCCUCUCCGAUCGCCGAACCUGGGGACUCCCUCUCCAGGGACGAUACCUGCGCCCUGCCCUGGCACUAGCUGUAGCCAGGACGUCCACGCGCGGCCGCCUGCCUCUGGAUCUCGCUCCAGCACACGCUGCCCGACGUGCAGCAGUGCAGAGCGCUGCGCACCCAUGGAGAGUCUGGGCCGUUCGUGCCUAUGGCUGCGGCAGGAGCUGUCGUCUCCGCGCCCACAGCUUCUACUGCUGGACUGCCGCAGCCGGGAGCUGUACGAGUCAGCGCGCAUCUGCGGGGCGCUGAGCGUGGCCUUGCCUGCCCUGAUGCUGCGCCGCCUGCGGAGAGGGAGUCUGUCGGUACGCUCGCUCUUGCCUGGGCCACCGCUGCAGCCUCCGCCACCCGCCCCUGUGCUCCUGUACGACCAGGAUAGCGGCCGAUCCCCGCGUGGAGAGGCAGAGGAAGAGGCAGAGGAAGAGGCAGAGGCCGAAGCCCCAGAGUGGGAAGCUGACUCGGUGAUGGGCAUUCUGCUCCAGAAGCUGCGGGAAGAAGGCUACCUGUCCUACUACCUACAGGGUGGUUUCAGCAAAUUCCAGGCCGAGUGUCCUCACCUUUGUGAAACCAGCUUCAGUGGUUGUGCUGGAUCAAGCCUGGCCUCAAUGCCUAGCCCAGUGCCUGUGGUGGGGCUAGGUGGCCUGUGCUUGAGCUCUGAUAUCUCUGAUGCGGAGUCUGAGGCUGACCGGGAGUCCAUUAGCUGUGGCCUAGAUUCGGAGAGUACCACGUCCCCUCCAGUUGGGCUGCUACCACCCUUCCCGGUCCAGAUCCUGCCCAAUCUCUACCUAGGCAGUGCCCGAGAUUCAGCCAACUUGGAGAGCUUGGCCAAGCUUGGCAUCCGCUAUAUUCUCAAUGUCACCCCCAAUCUACCUAACCUCUUUGAAAAGAAUGGUGACUUCCACUACAAGCAGAUCCCCAUCUCUGACCACUGGAGCCAGAAUCUGUCCCAGUUCUUUCCAGAGGCCAUUGCAUUCAUUGAUGAGGCCUUGUCCCAGAACUGCGGGGUGCUCGUUCACUGCCUGGCAGGGGUCAGCCGCUCUGUCACCGUCACUGUGGCCUACCUCAUGCAGAAGCUCCACCUCUCACUCAAUGAUGCCUACGACUUGGUCAAGCGGAAGAAGUCUAACAUCUCACCCAACUUCAACUUCAUGGGGCAGCUGCUAGACUUUGAGCGAAGCCUGCGCCGGGAGGAGAGGCGCUCUGGGGGGCAGGGCAGUGGGGGACCAGAGUCCACUGUCUCAGACCCACCUUCUUUCUUUACUACCCCUACCAGCGAUGGGGUCUUUGAGUUGGACCCCACAUAAAGCCGUGUGGGGUUGCCGGGCUGGUCCCUACCUAUGACCCAUGUAUUAGCAGGGAUGGGAUGCAGCCAUAAUCGGGGAGGGGGAAGGGGAGGGGGAGGGGGAGCUCAAUACCUCAAGCGGGGGGUGGCGGAGCAAGGCAGGAACACAGCAGAGCCCUGCCCUACCCCGAUUCUAUUACAUGUGCCUAUGGGUGGGUCCGUGGAUACGGGCCUGACCCACACUGCUUUAGGGCAGGACCAUGCUCCAGAACCUGCCUCUUCUGCGACUGUUACUUUAUUCUUUCGGAGUGGGAGUGGGGCUUCUUAUCCAAGAGAUCAUUCCAGUCUGCUGCCUGGGCUCCGCCCCUUCUCAAUGUUGCCUCUUCAGGAAGAUUGUAUCACACUUUGCCACAGGGACGUGCUCUUAGUUCUUUUCCAGCCCCCAAAUGGCCGCCUGUGGGAAAAGGCCUCCCAGCAGUCACUGGUGUAGGCUCCUUCCUGCCUCUCUGGCUAGGGCUUAGACCUCUUGGGGCUCUGGGGUGUGGACCCAGAGACGCAAUGGCUGCUCUCAGCAUCCACAGGGGCAGUCUCUUUGGGUGGCUUUUUGCUGGGCAGUGUCACAUGGGAGGGCAUGGGCCUGGGAGCCAAUCAGCGGGAUCCCAGCCACACAUCUGGUGCCCUGACUGUUUCUUUCCUCCUCCCCCAGAUGUCUUGACAGGAUCACUGAGACUCUUUGUGACUGAGGGUGGUCAGACUGCCACCGGAGGAGAUGGGGGUCUCAGAGUGAGAGCUGAGGGGGGAGGGAGAGAAGGAUGAAGGCCUCAAUUUUGCUGCUGUGUGUCUCACACAGCCGGUUUUGGUUUGGGGGGCAGGGAAGGGGCCAAGCUGCAGACACACACAUGGUCAUUCAUCGCAGUCCACGCCCCUUUGUAAACAGUGUGUAUGUAUGUGUGUGUGUCUGUUCACACAUGCACACUAGCCUACUCACACAUUCAGCCUGGGGCUAGCAGUACCUGUGGCAGCGGAACCAUCUUGUCUUUGAAUCUGGAGAGGCUUGUGCUUAUUUGUUUUUGUAAUCCACAUCAUCAUCGCUUUCUUUAAUUGUUCCUCCUCAAUAAACAGUUUAUUUAAGAAACUGAA